AUGAUAGGUAGAUAAUUAAUUAGAAAAUAAAAUUAGGUAUUGUUGAAAAAUAUUAGUAAUAAAUUAGGACAUAAUUCGUAAUGCUAUUUUUGUGAUAUUAUUGAUUUGGAUGAUAUUGGAAAUCAAAAGAGCUAUUUUUAAAAUUCAUCAUUGAGAUCAGAUAUACUUAAAUCUAUUAAAGUUGAAAACUAAUUAAGUAAAAAGAUGAAUUAAAAUCAACGUAAAGGAAUUCUAUCAAGUUAAAUUCAGAGAUAGUUACUUCAAAUAAAUAAUCUUUUACUGGAAAGAAAUGAAGAUGGUAAUAACAGCAAUGACGAAGAUAACACUAAUUAUUAAACUAAAAAAAAUGAUUCUAUUUAAAAUUGCAUUUCUUAAUAUUUAGAGAUUGAAUAUAAUGGUUUAAAUGCAGAUCACUUGGUCUAAUUUUUAAAUAAAAUUAAUGAAGAUGAAGCGAAGAAUUUAAACUUUUACAGUGUUUGUGCUUUUAUUAUUGAGAUAGGCAGAAAUCCUAGAAGAACCAGAUUUAAAUACAUCUAUAAGAAGACUUUGAAUAAAUUAGUUAAGAGAUUUAGCCAAUUAAAUCCUAUGAUCUUAUUUUUAUAGCAUUUACAAAAAAACAAUAAUGUAUUUGAUAAAUCUGAUUACUCUCCAGUUGAAUUUGAAUAUCUGCGAUUUACCCUUCCUCGCAUUAUAAUAUGUCUUCAAAAUUGUGGAUUCAUCGACAACUCUCUAUAUGAUUAGUACUAUCAAAUAUUCACUAGUUAAAACUUUUAAUAUGUAACAAACAUGCAAGUUAAGGUUAUUGUUGGUUUGAUGUGGUCUUAUGCUAGAUUUUAAAGAGAUGUGGACUAUGAUUAAUUCAUAAACUAUAUUUUCAGAUUAGAAAAUCACACUUUUUUCUUAAACACCUUAAGAUUGUUAAAUCUAUCAUCAACUCAUUUUAGAAUAUUAGAUGACAAGGAGUACUCUAAAUUGAAAUAAGAAUACUAAAGCACUUUAAAUAGCAACCUGCCAAUUAACAUAGCUAUUUCGAAGAGUCAACUUGAAAACAUCAAGCAAUUUUUUAUUGAUAAAUUAAAUAAACAGGUGUACAUCAAUUUCAAUGAGAAAAAUUCUACUUAGAUAAUAUAAAUUUUAUAUAAACUAUAUCCUUAGUAUGUCAUACCAAUAUCUCAAAACGAUGAAAAAUCCCUUUAAAAUUUAAUGGAAACUGAUAAGUUUUUUAGACUAUUUUAUCCUCUUGCACUGAAUGCCUAGAAAAUAAUGAGAUUCAAAAAUGAAAACAAAGAUUAGAAAAAAAUCAUGAUUUUAAACCGAACAAAUGACUAAAUUUAAACACUAAUAAAACCUGCUCAUAAUUUUUAACUCUAAUCUAAAUUUUAAGUUAAUGUCCUUAACGUAUUAACUUCUAUGUUUCCUGAUGUUAAAAUAAAGCAAAAUUUAUAUAUUGGAGAUAUUUAUGAAAUCGAUAUAUUGUUUGAAGAUUUAAAUAUCGUAUUUGAAAUCAAUGGUGAUUCUCAUUACUACUACGAUUCUUCUUCUGGAAAAAUUAAAAUUUUUGCAAAAACCAUCUGCAAGCAAUAGGUCCUGAAGACUUUCGGAAUUAAACACAUAGUAAAUAUAAACCAAUACCAUUGGUAUAAGUUAAAUUAAGAAACUGAAAAAUAGGUUUACAUUAUAAAACAACUAUAACAUGCAAAAGUAAAUUUUGCUUCACUUGGAAAGAUAAUUGCAGACCAAUAAAUUCUUUUAGAUCCAUCCAGUAUUUAAAAUGAAUAAACUUCCGAAUGA